AUGAAUGUUCUCAUGAACAUCCGUGGGCUCAAGAAGGUCACUAUAAAGCCUAUGAAACUCGCCAGCGCCUUCUACACCAGCGAAAAGUCUCUCAGAGAGACUGAUAGUCUCGGAAAAAGAUUGUCGCAACUCUCCAACGCCCUGCCAUCAGUCAGCGCAGAGACCCUGACCGUCUUCCAAUCCUGCCCGACUACCUUGCUCCAGGGGUUCCUGGCUGUCUUCCACCACCCAUCCUCCCUUGGUUCAGGAGUUCAAUCACCGACUUCCGUGGUCUGA